AUGUCGGACAACUGGCUUCAAAACUAUGAAAGCUGUAAAAAUUAUGCCCAAGAAAUUCAUCAAAAAAUAAAUGAAUUUAAAAAAUUACCUAAUGGUAGUUCACAACGAGCUAAAGUUUCAUCAACAAUUCGUACAAUGACAACAGAAUUUAAUAAAGAUGUUGAUAAACUAUCCAAUGAUUUAACAACUCAAUCUCGCAAUGGCAAUAUAACAACAGGAGAAGCAAAUCGUCGACGAACAUUAGUUGAUAAAAUAAAACAAUCGAAAGAAGAAAUUGAUACAGCUAUGAAAGAAAAUUUUACUCCACAUUCAUCACGUGAUCGAGCUGAUCCACGUUUUGCAGCUGCUGUAGAAAAUGAACAUACUCAAGGUUUAACCAAUGAAGAAUUUGCUGGACUUCGUUCAAAUUUACGAAAAAAUAAUGAUGAAGCAAUUGAAGCUUUACAUGCAAUAGUCAAACGUCAAAAAGAAAUCGGUGUUGCUAUGAAUACUGAAGUUGAUCGACAUAAUGAAAUAAUUGAUACAAUAACAGAUCGAACAGGAUUAUUAGAUUCGAAUGUUAAACGUCAAACAAUGUUAGUAAAAACAAUUCAAAAAAAAUCUUCAGCAUUAUGGUUAUGGGUUAUAAUUAUUCUUCUUUUUGUGUCUAUUAUUGUUAUAGUCGCUAUUCCAUUUAAAAAAUAA